ACAUCUGGGCGAGCUGCAGCUGGAGGCGCGAGGCUUCACGAGGCGGCGGAAUAAAGACCGAUAGAGUCGCGCGAGCCUGUUCUCCCCUUAGGUUGUCCCUGGGGUCUUCGGGACAGCUUUAAGGAGUGAAGAUGUUGGAGUAUGAGGAGGCUGGAGCCAAAACAACGACCGGGCAUCGAAUUUCCUUUUCAAUUAUCGACAUAUUGGAUCCUAAAAAGUUUACGAGUAAAAAGGUGGACGGAGUUGCGAAACAGAACGGAGAGACGCGUUUUGAUGGAGCGUGUGGAAAAGAAACUGAUGCUCAUCCUAUAGAGGCUUCAUCUGUUAAUAAGGAUCCAGGUGGGCAAACAGUGGAUGACUCCCAACACUCUUUCACAACCCAUCCCACACAGGAAGCAGACUCAGAUACAGCUCUCAGCACCCUCCAGGCUCGCUUAUCUCCCAGUGAAGAUGGAGAUACUAUUGAUGGAGAAAGCAGCAGCACGACAGAAACAUCACGUUCCCGUCGUCGCAGGCCUGAUCACGGCUGCACCAGGCCUCGCCGAGCCAGAACCGCAUUCACCUACGAGCAGCUAGUGGCCCUGGAAAACAAGUUCCGUUCAACACGCUAUCUAUCAGUGUGUGAAAGACUGAACCUGGCCCUGUCGCUGAGCCUCACCGAGACUCAGGUGAAAAUCUGGUUCCAGAACCGUAGGACCAAGUGGAAGAAGCAGAACCCUGGGGCGGAUAGCACCAUGCAGUCCUCCACCACCUCGCUUCCUAGCCUGAGUCCCAGUGCUGGAGCAGUAGCAUGUGGACCCGCCCCAGUAGGAUUUCGACAUUUUCCCCCUUUCAGCACUGGAGAUGUAAUCUUUCACUCCUCCAGUGCUAUUCCAUUGUCAACUGCAGGCAGCAUCUUGCAUCCAUUUUUGUCUACUGGCUAUCUGCAGCCGUCGCUCUAUCCACCUCAUUUAUGAAGUCACGCAAGGUCAUAGAGCACAGCUCUGGAAAGGACAAAGAAACUACAGCUGUGUUCCAAAGCCUAUGUUCCAGCUGAGGUAGGGUGGAUCCUUGAUAGGACUGUUCUAUAAAGACUUUUACCUAGGAACCUGUUGGAAUGGAACAAUGUAAUAAGGCUUUAUGGCAACAUCAGCAGAAAUGACCACCAGUCUUUUGCAAUUGUGUCUCAAACCCUGCUCUGAAGACUUCUUUUUAUGCCAUUUUCAUGAUCUAUUAUGAAAAACAUGCACAAAAAACUACGGUAAACCAAGGGCCAGAAAAGAUACAUCAGUUGCGUCCUUAUACUCACUCCAAAUAUAGGCUAUAUUGCCAAAAGUGUCCAAAAUAAUUGAACUCAGGUUUCAAUCACUUCCAUGUCCACAGGUGCAAAAAAAAACAAGUACCUAGACAUCCAGACGGCUUCUAUAAACAUUACAUAACCAUACACAAGGCAGGCGAGUGAAUACUUCUGGCAAUAUAGUAUAGGGCAGCAUUUCUUGGGUAUAUAUAAAGGAUCAUUUUAAGAUAUAGCAGAUCAAGAAAUGCUGUCCACACCGGCUACAGCCAAGGCCUCAGAGUGCAGCAUGUGAAAACAUAAUUGAUCAGAGUUAUAAAUUCACAAGACUCACAAGACCUCAAACUGGUCUUUCUCAUACCUCUCAUACCAUAGUGGUAUAUCUCUAGUACUCAAAGAGAACAAGCCAAAACUGAAAUGUGUUUGAAGUAUAAAAUGUAUAUAAAAUGUAGAAAAUACUGUAGUUCAGUCUUUAGUAAAUUUUAUUUAUGAACCUAGACUAAGCUUAGAAUUCUUGCUGAAUCUAAAGGACGCUAAAGCACAUCAACCUAUAUGGACAGAUAUGUUGUUCCAAGAACAUGUUUGUAUAAUUCAAUACAAAAGUGUCUGUUUCUUGAGUAUAUGUCAUUAAUGUGAUAUUAGGUACAAAGUAAACUAUUUAAUGGAAUGAUGUACUGUCUCAUAAGAAAAAUAAUAUGUAUAAUUAAAAUAAUAAAAAUGUGAUUGUCAUGAAA